UUAUUUAGCAUCAUAGAGUUUCAAAACUUAGAUUACAGUCGAUGGCGUCAGGGCUCUUGAAAUCAAUUUUGUUACGGGAACAAAACAGUUUCACUAAUGGAAAAGGGUUUAAGGGCACGAGAUUAUUUGCGUUGAAGGACUCUCGUUGGUUUACUCAUGAAGAAUCCAAUUUAUUUGAAAAUGUACUCGAAUCUGGGUACAUAUUAGAAUUGCGGAUUUCUACUGUGGGGGACAGCCAAAUUAUUAGAAAGGAUGCGGGAACCACCUUGGAAUUUGGCAUUAUGCUAUGGAUGAACAAACCUGAUGGAGGGAAAAAGCAAGCUGUAGUGAUACACCUUGUCGAAUCAGGUAAAGAACGUAGAAAAUCAGGCCGAGAAAUAAGGUACAGUACUCUAGACAGUUUUUGGAUGAAUGGAACCGAGAUCCGAAUAAACAACAUGGAUGAACAUAAAGCAAAGUCUGAUAGCCUAUCAAUCAUUACUGAUCGGAUAAGCCGUGCAUCCAGAGGCUUUUACAAAUGGAACGACAGUUAUUCCUUUGUACAUUGGUGCCGUUAUGGCGCCCCGAUUCCUGGCGAAGGAAGUAGCAAGAAAAAGCAGCUACAACAGGCUGCGGUAUGUUGGGGAAGCAUAUCUGCCAGCGCAGGUGCACUAUUUUAUGUUUCAAGGCAUCAACGACAACAUCAUAAUGCUAAUCAGAAUGCAUAAUUUGCUGUCUUCUACACUCAUAAAGAAAGAUAAGAUAAUGCAAUGCUCUCGAAAACGUACAUAAGUGACAUUGCAAGAGCUAGAGAUUUGUAUAUUUAUCUUCAAGAUGAAUCAAAUAAUGGGAGAAUAGCUUUUCUAAAUAUUUAAUAGAAUUUUGAAAGUGUGAAUAAGAUUCUAAAUAAACAUUUCGUUUCAUCCUAA